GGCUUCAGGAACAUUAACCAACAAAAGUAAGAUUAUUAUAAAAUGGUUGAGUGAUGAGAAAGAUAACUAUCUGAAUCCUUGUGACAAAACAUAUCAAUCUUCGAAUACAAUCUCUCAGGUCGUCUUUUUUCCUCGUUAUAACAUGCGUGUGAGGAUGCAAUCGAAUCAGAUGGAAAUGGAUGAAGCCUUUGCGGCAUCUUUGCUGUAUGAUGAUCUUCCAGAAUUGAUGGUCGCAAGAGAAUGGCAAAAUAUGCAAGAUUAUUCUCUAAUCUCCUUAAGCGAUGACGAGAAUUUUGCCAAAUCAUUACAAGAACAAGAAUUGAACCGUUCGUCGUCCCAUCAACAAAGUCAUGUUCAUGGCAGUUUCUCAGAUGAUUCAUCUGACAGUUUUCUUUCUCCUCCUCCUGAUGUUGAUAAUAUGAGUUAUGAGGAGAAUCGAUUGGGGCGGUCAACAAAGGAUUGUCGAAGACGAGAAUUUGCCAAAUACCAACCCAUAAAUUUCGCACUGCCUCGUCGUCUAGAACGAACAAUCACGUAUCCGAAAAAACUCAGUAAGAUCAUAGUAAAUAUUUUUAGUUUAAUGUAUGAAUAG